AUGCUGAGACGCAUGGGACAUUUGCUAAGACGCAAUGUUGCAACAAUGGCCACUUCAAAACCUCCAGCUGAACCCCUCGUGGUCGUGCUGGGAUCUACGGGCACGGGCAAGUCUGAGCUAGCAGUUGAGCUCGCGACUCGGCUAAAUGGUGAAAUCAUCAACGCCGAUGCCAUGCAACUUUACAAUGGACUCCCAAUCAUCACUAACAAAAUCACAACCGAGGAACAAUGUGGAGUUCCUCACCAUCUACUGGGCCAUAUCUCACUGGAUGAGCAGCCAUGGGACGUGGACGACUUCAGGCGAGAGGCUAACCGCGUGAUAGGGGAGAUUCGUGGUCGAGGACGUCUGCCUAUUCUUGUGGGCGGCUCUCAGUAUUACGUUGACCCCAUCCUCUUUGAAGAGGUCAUCCUGGAGGACAUUGAGCUGGACACGUCCACGCCAUUUCCAAUCCUGCAAGAGUCAGGCGAAGUCAUGCUUCAUGAGCUGCGCAAGGUUGACCCCGAGAUGGCUGAUCGUUGGCACCCCAAUGAUCGCCGCAAGAUCCAGCGAUCUCUGGAGAUUUAUCUGAGAACCGGCAAGCGGGCCUCUGAAUAUUAUGCGGAGCAACAGGCUCGCAAAGCGGUGGCGCAGCAAGACGGUAGCAGGCGGCCCUGGGAGAAUCUUCUCUUUUGGGUUUACUCGGAGCGGGAAGUCCUGCGCGCGCGUCUGGAUGCACGAGUUGACAAGAUGCAAAAUGGUGGGCUCAUGCAGGAAGCCCGAGAACUCUAUGAUUUCAAGCAUAAAAAGGAGGCCGAGGGCCGAAUACUCGACAUGACAAAGGGCAUUUGGCAGUCAAUCGGAUACAAGCAGUUUGAGCCAUACUUGUCUGCCGUGGACGAGGGUCGAGAGGCUUCAGAGCUUGAGAAGCUGAAGAAUGCCGCCCUUGAGGAGAUGAAGACGGCCACGAGGCGAUAUGCCGUCUACCAGACUCGCUGGAUCAGACUCAAGCAGAUACCUCGGCUGCGAGAUGUUGGACCCGAGGCGAUGGGUAGCCUUUACCUCCUCGAUAGCACCGACGUUUCUAAAUACGGCCAAAACGUUGUCGAACCUGCUGUGCGAUUGGCAAAGCAGUUUCUCCGUGGCGAGGAGCGCCCAUCACCAACUGAGAUCUCACCCUUGGCUAACGAGGUUCUCACGCAGGUGGGCAAUCCACCUCCCAAGGCAACGCCGUGCAAACGCAUGUGUGAGGUAUGCCACACCGUCUUGAUGACUGAGGAGGCUUGGAAGCAACACUUGAAGAGCGCUACUCAUCGUAGGGUGGUACGCAAGAAGGCGAGGAUGUCGCUUGUGCCGGUGGAACAAAAGCCUGAAGAUGGCAAACCGGCACAAGCCAAUGACGAGGAUUCUGGUCCAGAGAUAGGAUCCAUGUUUUCAGAAUAG